GGGUUUAUUUUUGGGUCAGUGACAGUGUGUCAAUGGCCGCAGAUGCAUCGGAAAGGAAGGCUCUGAGAUACAAGCAAACCCUGCUCUAUGGGGAGUACCAAGAGAACCAAGGAGGCUCCGGCAGACGGGAGGCCACGCGCCUGCUGACUGAGAGACAGAUCAAGAAACAUGGCAAUCAUCACCGCAGCCAUGGCAGGGGACGCCACGGCCGGCGUGGCCCCGGUCAGGAUGGAUACCACAGCCGACACCAGCACGGCUACCACAGCAGGCAGAGGAACAGGCGCCAGUCCAACAUGGAGGCAGAGGGUGAUGAGCAAGAUGAGCAAAUGGCUAAACCCGACCUCACGUCCUCUAUGAAGAAGAGACGCUCCUACUCCAAAUGUAGAGACUGCAUCGCACGGGUGCAGAGAUUCCUUGUGACCCGGUUGGGAGAAGACUGGAUCUUCCUCGUUCUGCUGGGCAUCACAAUGGCGCUGGUCAGCUGGACAAUGGACUAUGCCAGCGCAAAGAGCCUGCAAGCCUAUAAAUGGAUCCAUGUGGAGCUGAGGGGGAACAUCCCCCUGCAGUACCUGGCCUGGGUUUCAUAUCCCCUGAUCUUCAUUCUGUUCUCUUCCCUCUUCUGUCACCUGGUCGCGCCUCAAGCUAUCGGUUCUGGCAUCCCAGAGCUGAAGACCAUCCUGAGAGGUGUGGUGCUCAAGGAAUAUUUAACUCUCAAGGCCUUUCUCGCUAAAGUCAUUGGUCUGACUGCUGCCCUGGGCAGCGGGAUGCCCGUGGGCAAAGAGGGUCCAUUCGUUCACAUCGCUAGCAUCUGUGCUGCAGUUCUCAGCAGGUUCAUGUCCUUCUUUUCAGGAGCUUAUCAGAAUCCGUACUGUUAUACGGACAUCCUGACAGUGGGCUGUGCUGUUGGGGUCGGCUGCUGCUUUGGUACUCCACUGGGAGGUGUGCUCUUCAGUAUCGAGGUAACAUCCACAUACUUUGCUGUGAGAAACUACUGGAGAGGAUACUUUGCUGCUACAUUCAGUGCCUUCAUAUUCAGAGUGUUAUCCGUGUUCAACAAAGACGCAGUGACCAUCACCGCUCUGUUCAGGACAAACUUUCGCAUGGAUUUCCCUUUUGACCUGCAGGAGCUGCCAGCCUUCGCCAUCAUUGGGAUCUCCUGUGGGUUCUUGGGGGCCUUCUUCGUCUAUCUCAACAGACAGGUGGUGCUGUUCAUGAGACGACCCAACGCCAUGACCCGCUUCCUCACCAAACACCGGCUGAUUUUUCCUGCUGUGGUAACACUCGUCAUCUCCACGCUGACCUUCCCACCCGGCUUCGGACAGUUCAUGGCAGGAGAGCUGAUGCCAAGGGAGUGCAUCAACUCCCUGUUCGACAACUUUACGUGGACAAAGAUUUCGGAAUCUCCUCCUCCGGUCGGACUGGGUCUUUCUGCCGCCUGGCUGCACCCUGAUGUCAGUGUCUUCCUCACCCUGCUGCUCUUCUUAUUCAUGAAGUUCUGGAUGUCCGCCGUGGCCACCACUAUGCCCAUUCCAUCUGGGGCGUUCAUGCCUGUCUUCAUACUGGGAGCUGCGUUCGGCAGGCUUGUAGGGGAGAUCAUGGCCACCCUGUUUCCUCAUGGGAUCGUGUUCGAUGGCAUCCUCUACCGCAUCAUCCCCGGAGGCUACGCAGUCAUUGGAGCGGCAGCUUUGACCGGGGCCGUGACUCACACGGUGUCCACGGCGGUUAUCUGCUUUGAGCUGACGGGGCAGAUCUCCCACAUCCUGCCCAUGAUGGUGGCAGUAAUCCUGGCCAACAUGGUGGCCCAGGGCCUGCAGCCCUCCCUGUACGACUCCAUCAUCCAGGUCAAGAAGCUCCCGUACCUGCCGGAGCUCGGCUUCGGGCACAUGAGCCAGUACAACAUCGUGGUAGAAGACAUCAUGGUGAGAGAGGUGAAGUUCAUAUCGUCUCAGUCCACAUACAGAGAAGUCAAACUCCUGCUGGACUCCUCCUCGCUCAACUCGAUCCCACUGGUCGACUCCAAAGACUCUAUGAUCCUAUUGGGCAGCAUUGACAGGUUGGAGCUUCUGGCUCUCUGUGAUUGGUGGUUGUCACCAGAGAGGAGGCUCCUGAUGCAGGGUGAGAGCCUACAGGAGCAGAACCAGUCUCAGAAGCACAGCUGGGAGUCCCUCGCCUUCGUGGAUGAGGAGGAAGAGGAGGACGACGGAGAGAAGGGCAGCCCGGUGCAGGAGGAGAGGAACGGCCCUCUGCCUCCUCCGAAGCCUCAGGAGUCCUCCCCGAACCACACUGCUCCUGUUCCUGGUCAGAUCAAGUGCGACGCCAAUGAGUCCGAGUGCGACGCCUCAGGUAACUCUGAGUGUCUCAUUUGA